AUUUGUCCCUGACUGUCAUGAUGGAGAAUAUCAGCCUCCUCCAGUUAAAGUCAUAGAGCAUCGCUAAUCUGCAGAGUAUGAGGAUGACGUCGGUUACGUCGUUUUUUUGUUUUUCUUUUAAAUUGCAAGUCGCGUGCUCUGGACGGUGAAGUCAUCUGGAUGGCACAAAGAUGCGCGCGACUUUACAUCUCCGCCGUCAAAUCCAGAAACUAUCACUGUAAGCUGUUUUUUUUUAAUGGGACUAUUUAAUUUAAAAUAAUUUCCUGCUAGAUUUUGGCACCGAGUCUAGUCGGACUUCAUUUCGAUCCCAAACUGACAUGUAAGUUGCAGCUGUUGUUAUUAUAAUAAUUGUAGUUAUUAUUAUAGAGGAAGAGGACCAGUAGCUUUUGGGGAUGGACUUUGCCUACAUUUCCAAUUCAUCCUUCAGUUCGCCUGAGAAUCUGGGAGAAGAAGAAGAGGAGUACAACAAUGUGCUCAUGCCCAGCAUCUUUGGUGUCAUCUGUUUCAUCGGGAUCUUUGGGAACUGUAUUGUCAUCUACACCAUUGUGAAGAAAACCAAGUUCUGCUCCCAGCAAACGGUUCCAGACAUAUUUAUCUUCAGUUUGUCCAUCGCAGACCUCCUCUUCCUCCUUGGCAUGCCUUUCCUCAUCCACCAGCUCGUGGGCAACGGCUCCUGGUGUUUCGGUGGCACCAUGUGCACUGUCAUCACAGCACUUGACUCCAACAGCCAGAUCGUCAGCACAUACAUCCUGACUGUGAUGACUCUGGAUCGCUACCUAGCCACCGUCUAUCCCAUCCGCUUCAAACAUGUCCGGACGCCCUUCGUGGCCGGGGCAGCCGUGGCUCUGGUGUGGGUGUUUUCUCUGGUGUCCAUCACUCCGGUCUGGAUGUACACGGGACUCAUGCAUCUGAAGAACGGCUCUGUUGGCUGCGCCCUCCUGCUGCCCAACCCAGCCACAGAUACAUACUGGUUCACCCUCUACCAGUUCUUCCUGGCCUUUGCUCUGCCGUGGGUGGUUAUCUGUGGCGUCUUCUUUAAGAUUCUCCAAAACAUGUCAGCGACAGUUGCUCCCCUACCCCAACGCAGCCUCAGGGUGCGGACCAGAAAGGUGACCCGUAUGGCGGUGGCCAUAUGCCUGGCAUUCUUCAUCUGCUGGGCCCCCUACUACAUCUUACAGCUGGCCCACCUCGGAGUGCAGCAGCCCACCUUCGCUUUCCUGUAUGCCUACAACAUUGCUAUCAGCAUGGGCUACGCCAACAGCUGCAUUAACCCAUUUAUCUACAUUGUAUUAAGUGACACAUUUAAGAGGCAGUUCAUCGUGGCCGUUCGGCCGUCCCACAGGGUUUUCAGAGUGGCACCUGCUCUGGCUGAUGGCAGCAUGAGUCUGAGGAUGGCACCAGACAGCUUUCAACCAUCUCACUCACAGUCAGCGAGGGAGCUGUUUCAGAACAUGCUGCCAGUCACUGUGGCUGUGCACUGAGAUACGGACACUUAACCAGCAAACACUUGAGCUUACAUGAAGACAUACUGUGACUCUGCUGAUCUAUAAAGAACGUUUUUGUGCCAGGUGGUGACAUAA